CGCCAUUCCUACAAGCGUGUGUUUCUAUCUCUCAUUACAUUACAACUGGCAGAGCUUCAGCAGCGGCUGUUGCAGGCACAUAUUCUGUUUUCUCUCAGUCUCCUUUUUGAUAUAUCCAGCUAUGGAUAUGGACAGUGCCAGUUCUGUGGUGCUGCAGGCCUUAACCCAGGCUACCAGUCAGGACACAGCUGUGCUGAAGCCUGCAGAGGAGCAGCUCCGGCAGUGGGAGACUCAACCAGGCUUCUAUUCUGUCCUUCUGAAUAUCUUUAACAACCACAUGCUGGAUGUGAACGUCAGGUGGCUCGCUGUGCUGUACUUCAAAAAUGGCAUUGACAGAUACUGGAGAAGAGUAGCACCUCAUGCACUAUCGGAAGAGGAGAAGACUUCGUUGCGUGCUGGUCUUAUCACAAACUUCAAUGAGCCUAUCAAUCAGAUAGCGACCCAGAUCGCAGUCCUGAUAGCCAAGGUAGCCCGUCUGGACUGCCCCAGGCAAUGGCCAGAGCUUAUUCCAAUUCUGCUCGAGUCCGUGAAGGGUCAGGAUGGCCUGCAGCAGCACAGAGCACUGCUAACCUUCUAUCACGUCACCAAAACCCUGGCAUCCAAACGUCUGGCGCAGGACAGACGUCUUUUCCAGGAUCUGGCGUCAGGCAUUUACAGCUUUGCAUGCUCCCUGUGGAGUCAUCACACUGACUGCUUCCUCCAGCAAAUCUAUGCCAGAGACGAGGCUGCAGCGCUCAGCUCGCUGGAGAGGACUUUACUCUCUCUUAAAGUGCUUCGGAAAUUGACUGUCCAUGGAUUUCAGGAGCCACAACAAAAUAUGGAAGUAAUGGGUUUCCUGAAUGCAGUGUUUGAAAGGCUAAAACAGUUCUUGGAAUGCUGUCGCCAGGUUGGUUUGGAGAGCACAUGCAGAGAGAAGCUGGAAAAGACGAUCAUUUUGUAUACUAAAGUUUUGUUAGAUUUCCUGGAGUAUCAUCCAUGUGCAUUUAUACCACUAAUCCAGCGCUCCCUGGAAUUUGCCGUUAGCUACGUUUUCACACCUGCUGGAGAGGGUGUGACCUUUGAACGCUUCAUUGUCCAGUGCAUGAACCUCAUCAAGAUGAUUUUAAAGAAUGACUCCUACAAACCUGCCAAGAACAUUGAUGAAAGUAAACCAGAGAGUCUGGAGGCUCACAAGAUCAAGACAGCAUUCUUCACCCAUCCCACGCUGACAGAGAUUGGACGCCGACUUGUCUCACACUACUUCCUUCUCACAGAGGAAGAGCUGACAAUGUGGGAGGAGGACCCUGAGAGCUUUGCUGUUGAAGAAACCGGUGGUGACUCCUGGAAAUACAGCUUGAGGCCUUGUACUGAGGUAUUGUUCCUGGAUAUCUUCCACAACUAUGGCCAGACCCUGACCCCAGUGCUGCUGGAUAUGGUACAGAACCUGCAGGGCCCAACCAAUGUGGAGGACCCUGUUCAGCUGCUAAUGAAGGAUGCAGUGUACAAUGCUGUUGGACUGGCAGCUUAUGACCUGUUUGACAAUGUGGACUUUGGCCAGUGGUUCAAGAAUCAGCUUCUUGGAGAACUGCAGGUCAACCAUCACAGUUACAAAUUGAUACGCAGACGGGUCAUCUGGCUAAUAGGACAAUGGAUCUCUGUCAAGUUCAAAUCUGACCUGCGGCCUUUACUCUACGAGGUCAUCCUGAGCCUCAUGCAAGAUCCUGACCUGGUGGUGCGAAUUGAGACAGCUACAACCCUCAAGCUCACUGUGGAUGACUUUGAGUUCAGGACAGAACAGUUCCUCCCAUAUCUGGAGUCCAUCUUUGGACUGCUUUUUCAGUUGUUGCAGCAGGUGACGGAGUGCGAUACUAAAAUGCAGGUGCUCCAUGUUAUCUCCUGUGUCAUCGAGAGAGUAAACAUCCAGAUCCGGCCAUAUGUAGGCUGCCUGGUUCAGUACCUACCCCUGCUCUGGAAACAGUCUGAAGAACACAACAUGCUACGAUGCGCCAUACUCACUACACUUAUUCACCUGGUGCAGGGCCUUGGGGCUGAGAGUAAGAACCUGUACCCUUUCCUUCUUCCUGUCAUCCAGCUCAGCACUGAUGUUUCUAAACCGCCACAUGUCUAUUUGCUAGAAGAUGGACUGGAGCUUUGGUUGGUGACUUUGGAGAACAGCCCAGCCAUCACCCCAGAACUACUCAGAAUUUUCCAGAAUAUGUCUGCUCUGCUAGAGUUGAGCUCCGAGAAUCUUCGUACCUGUUUUCAGAUUGUCAACGCUUACAUUUACUUAUCUGCCACAGAGUUCUUACAGAACUACGGAGAAUCAUUGUGUCAAUCCUUUUGUGAGCUGCUAAAGGACAUCACAAAUGAGGGGCAGGUUCAAGUGCUGAAGGUAGUAGAAAUAGCUUUAAAGGUUAGCCCCAUACUGGGAGCCCACAUGUUCCAGCCCCUGCUGCCAGCUAUCUUCCGAGGUAUAGUGGACGGUGAGCGAUAUCCUGUGGUAAUGUCCACCUACCUUGGCGUCAUGGGUCGAGUCCUGCUCCAGAACUCCAGCUUCUUUUCGUCUUUGCUCACACAAAUGGCCUCUGAGUGCAACCAGGAGAUGGAUCAAUUGUUGGGCAGUGUGAUAGAGAUGUGGGUCGACCGCAUGGACAACAUCACACAACCCGAAAGGAGGAAACUGUCGUCUUUGGCACUACUUUCUUUGCUUCCGUCAGACAACAGUGUGAUCCAGGACAAGUUUUGUGGCAUAAUCAACAUCUGUGUUGAAGCACUGCAUGAUGUGAUGACAGAGGACCCGGAAACAGGAACAUUCAAAGACUGCAUGCUGAUGAGCCAUUUUGAAGAGCCCAAGUUAAGUGACGACGAAGAGCCACCAACUGAGCAGGAUAAGAGGAAGAAACUUUUGGCUCUGGAGGACCCAGUUCACAGUGUUUCUCUCCAGCAGUUUGUUUAUGAAAAACUGAAGGCACAGCAGGCCCUGUUGGGGGACCAGGGCUUUGGGGUCCUGAUGGAGACAGUGGACACAGAGCUUGUCAGGCAGCUCCAGGAGUUCCUUCAAGGCCUCUAAGUCACAUGUCCAAAUCCCUUCACUACCUUACGCAAACAUCUUCGCCUAAUGUUACUCUCUACCGCCAUUUUUUUUUUUUUUUUUGUACUGGAAAGGAUAACAAUCUGCCCAACGUGUGGACUCCUUCAAACCUUCCCAACCUCUACCCAUGCUAUGCCUUAUCUAUAUCCAGACCUGGCCUUGUCGACCUUCUCAACUAACACACUCUCUCUUCUCUGUUACCUAAUUUCCUUUAGCUUUCUUUAUAUUUUAGUGAGAUGGAAUUUCAGUGGGAGCUUGAAAAUGUUGAAAACACCCACUUGAGCCCAUCGCCACACAAGAGCUUCCACCUAAUUCACUUUCUAUGGUUUUAAUGUGAAAUGGGUAGAAAGUUGGAGGAUUAGUAAUAAUAAUAAUGGAACAGUUUGGGAGUGUCAUGCAAAAAUGAUCUGCAGGCGCCUGAGCAGGACGCCUCAGAUUUUUUUUUCUAUGGGACAAAAAAAAAAAAGAAAAACAGAUUGUAGCAGAACCAUGUAUAAACCAAACCUGAAGGACCUAAAGCAGUGUUUACAGAACUUAUUCUUAAAAGACAAAAAAAGAAAUGUAAUUUUGUAUGUAAAGUAUGGAUGAUAAUAAGCAUGACAGUAUUUUGAUUUUAGUUGUUUCCCUUUUUUUUCUUUUCUUUUUUUCUUUUUAAAUAAUUGGUUAUAACCACAGGUCGGGCUGAAGUGACUACUGAGAGAACUGAGUGUUUCUAUUCUUUUCUUUUUUUUUUAAAUUGCAUUUGAGGGAUUUAUUUUCUGUAAAUUCUGGAAUUUUAAAAGAUUAAUUUGUACAAGUGUAUAUACAUCCUGCUGCUAAUUAAUGGUGUGUCAGAGCACUUUAAUAACCAAAAACUGUUUCACUCCCCCCCCUUUUUUUCCUACAUCGAAACACUUUGAACAAAGUGACAGAAGACCUCAGUCGUACAGUCAGACUGAAGUUGCAUCAAAACCCUCAUGUAGUUUUUUGCCAUUUACCACAUCUCAGUGUAACUUCUCACAACACACAGAUUUAAGAUGCUGUUAGCCGCUUUCAUUUUCUCAUUUGAACCGCUUUGAUUCAUUUGAAUCCAAGUAGCAGCUUAGCAAUUAAACCAUUAAGGUGAAGAGCCUUAUAGAGAAGGCGGAUUAAAGCUUUUUUUGCUGCCAUGACAUUUUUUCAGAUAUGAUUUGUAUUUGGUACAAAUGAAGCUUUAUUAUUUUUGAUUUGACAAAGUUUUUCUUGUGGAUUUACGCAAAACAAUUAUUUGGAGGUAUAGAAAUAGACAAGUAAUAAAUAGUUUAAUAUUGGUGUGCUUACAUUCUAUAAUAGUUGGAAAAUGACAUUUACAGAUGUGAUAUUUGCACCUGUUUCAUGCCAAAUACCUUAAAAUGUGUGUAAUUUGGAAGUUAUUUAGAGAAAAGUAUAUGUCUAAACUGAAAAAAUGUAAGCCUGUGCCCUGCAUUUAUCUUUUUGGGGUUUUGGAAUACUGAGUUUCUCAUAUUCUGAUUACAGUAGGCUGGGAAGGAGAUGGUCCUUACACUCGCUCCUUUGACACUGUGAUAUAGCGGAGUUACAGUCAGAAUUACAGCCUUAUGCUUUCAGCCUUAUUUGUCUUUGAAACACAGAAUACCUUUUUACUAAUAUGUUCACUUCUUAAGUAGUUUAGCAGUAUAUGUUUUCUCUGUAUUCUGUUAACGAUGGCAAUUAUAAAGUUAUCAGCACUGCACACAUGCUUUGGGAUUAUAAAUUUGGUUAUGUAUUAAUAGGAAAUAAUCCUUGUUGCUUUUUUUUUCAAGGCUUUCAAUAAAAAUGCAGUAAUCAGCCUGAA